CAUUAUAUAUUCGUGAAGCAAGUCUGUUUCACGCAGAGAAAAAAAUAACAUAAAAAACAAAUUAGUUUCUGAAUUAAAGUGUAACCUAAAGUGAUCUAUGUAAAUUGAUUUGGUCUCGACGCAUGAAUAUUUCAUAAUUUUCCAUCAAUUGUAGCGUGAAAAAAAGUGUAAUUGUGUUCAUUGACACUUGAUAAAAUAAAUAGUAAAUGGACUGGAACUGAAUUGAAUUAAUAAAACAUGUUGCUGACGAGACUUGUGAAGACAACAUUAUCCAAUAGAUUAUUUUCGAAUGUGCGACUUUCAAUCGGCCAUCAAAAAUGCAUAAGUUUGAGAAACUUUUCAUCAUCAAUCUCACGGUCGGAAAAAUUGUACACCGAACAUCUGGAAAGUUUACACCGUGAUGGUGUUCGAUUUGGACAACCCACUCAAUUCAGUCAUCCGCAUCUUAUCAAUGCAAAUGAACUUGCAAUUGGUCUGUUACCGAGUGAGUUCAGCAAACGAAGGCACAAAUUAAUGGAGAAAAUCAAGGAGCAUUGUAUUAAACAUAACAAACCUAGUCGCAAUAUUGUGAUAGUGCCCGCAACUACAAAAAAGUACAUGACCGGAGAAAUUCCCUAUUUCUUCCGUCAGAACACGGAUUUCUUUUAUUUGACCGGCUGCUUAGAGCCUGAUAGUGUUUUGGUUUUAUGGACAAAUGAUGAAGGUCAUUCAAAGUCAGCUCUAUUUAUGCGACCCAAAAAUAAGCACGAUGAACUUUGGGACGGGCCAAGAACUGGCGUUGACCACUCUGUCAACUUUUUUGGAGUUGACGAAGCAUAUUCGUUGGGAAAUUUAGUGAAAUUCGUUGAACAAUAUGUGUCACAAACGACACCAUCGGUCAAUGUUUGGUACGAAAAUAAUGACCAAGUUCAACCAAAAUUAUACGCAAAUCUAAGGCCCGCUUUGUCGACGACAACACUAUUCCAAUCACCCAUUGAAUUUCUACAUGAACUUAGACUCAUUAAAUCACCGGCCGAAACGGAGUUGAUGAGAAAAACAUGCCAAAUUGGUUCUAAAGCGAUUAAUCUGACAAUGAAAGAAUCAAAACCAGGUGACUCGGAGCAUCAUAUUCAGACCAGAGUCGAUUUUCACUGCCGAAUGAAUAAUGCACAAUUUUUAGCCUACCCACCAGUUGUAGCGGGAGGAAAUAAUGCCAACGUAAUUCACUAUAUAAAUAACACACAAGUGGUGAACGACGGGGAACUUGUUUUAAUGGAUGCAGGAUGUGAAUACGGGGCUUACAGUAGUGAUAUCACACGAACGUGGCCCAUUAAUGGAAAAUUUACACCGGCCCAAGAAGUACUUUAUGAAAUUGUGUAUGCAGUACAAACUGAACUAUUGACAGCGCUAUCGACGGUUGAAAAAAUCACAUUGGAUGAACUGUUUAAUUUAAUGUGUUAUCGCUUAGGUAUUUAUCUGCAAGAAGUUGGCUUGAUUGACAAAUCGUUGAAUCAGUUAGAAGCGGCAAGGGAUGCUUUUAAAUACUGUCCACAUCAUGUAUCACAUUACGUAGGCAUGGAUAUUCAUGAUACAGCUUUCAUUAAACGUGAUCGAAUUCUUCAACCCGGAAUGGUGUUUGCGGUCGAACCAGGAGUAUACUUUCCGGCCGACUGUCAGGAUAUUCCGCAAGAGUUUCGAGGAAUUGGUAUUCGAAUUGAAGACGAUGUUCUUUACACAGACAACGGUGUUGAAAUAUUGACAAAGGAUUGCAUUAAAGAAAUCAACGAAUUGAAAAAACUACUUUCGAAUUGAUUGUAGCAUAUUCACGAUUUAUUUUUACAUAAUUGACAUGUUCUGCGAACACAUUUUGUAAAUUAAUUAAAUAAAUAGUUUAAAAAAACCAACUGAAA